AUGGAUAAUCGGAUCCACACAGGGGAGAAGCCAUUUAAAUGCAUGGAGUGUGGAAAGAGCUUUAGCCAUCAAAGUGGCCUCAUUAAUCAUAAAAGGAUCCACACAGGGGAGAAGCCAUUUAAAUGCAUGGAGUGUGGAAAGAGCUUUAGCCAUCAAAGUGGCCUCAUUAAUCAUAAAAGGAUCCACACAGGGGAGAAGCCAUUUAAAUGCAUGGAGUGUGGAAAGUCCUUUGGUCAGAGCCAUCAUCUUACUUCCCAUCAAAGGAUCCACACAGAGGAGAAGGCAUUCAAAUGCAUGGAGUGUGGAAAGUCUUUUUGUCAGAGCCAUCAUCUUACAUCCCAUCAAAGGAUCCACACAGGGGAGAAUCCAUUCAAAUGCAUGGAGUGUGGAAAGGGCUUCAGUACAAGUAAUACCCUUACUGUUCAUAAGAGGAUCCACACAGGGGAAAGGCCAUUUAAAUGUCUGGAAUGUGGAAAGGGUUUCAGUACAAGCAGUGCCCUUACUAUCCAUAAGAGGAUCCACACAGGGGAAAGGCCAUACAAAUGCAUGGAGUGCAGAAAGGGCUUCCGUACAAGCAGUGCUCUUACUGUCCAUAAGAUGAUCCACACACGAGGAAAGGAAUGGCUUGAUGUUGCUGUGAAACAACGGACUUUUCCAGAUUCCCGGGAUCGCCGUUGAAUCCAGGUUGCUGGGCGGUCCAUUUGGAGCUAAACCAUCCUGUAGAGAUGGUGAUAGGUAGGGGUAUAUCCUGCUGAUCCCAGAGACACCUGCAAAUUGUCUGGUGAUCCAGGAAAAAGCCCUUUUACCAGCGACUUUGUGUCAGACAUUAGGCUGCUGAAAUGGCAGACAGCUCCAUAACACAAGGGCAGGAGAGAGGCAUGUCGUUUGGUGAGAAUUUUAAAUUCUUUUUUUUCUUUUUUGUAAAAGUUUUUUAAAAAAACAAAUAAAAACAUACAUAAAAAUAUCAUCAGUUACAUAUCUAUUUAGGAUGUCAUUUGGUCACAAACGUUUGUGCGUCACCGCUUUCGAUUGCAUAUAAGAUCAAUAGUUAUCAACCCAAUAUACAUUAGUAUAUUGAUUAUCAUUAUAAAUCACAUAUUCAUAUAAUGCUCUGUUAUAAUUUCCUUUUAAACAUGUUUUCCUUUUAAACAUGUAUUCUAAAGGUUAAAUUCAUAUGUAUGCUAACUAUCUGUUACAUCAUUAUAAAUUUAUUAAAUAGCAUAUCUUAAUGGUAUCAUCUAUCUUAUUCUGAUAUUUCUUACCUUAUAUAAGAAAAAAAAUCACCAACAUUGUAUAUUGGUGUAUCAUUAUUUUCAAUUAUAUGUAAAAUAAAAUAUCUAUCAAAUGUAUAUAAAUAUACCUUUCAUUGUGUCUCAUAUAUUCAACUACAAUUAUUAUUUCUUCAUUUUAAACAAGAUGUUCUAAAUAUUCAAUUCAUAUAUACCAAUACUCCAUUACUUUGUUAUAACUCUAUACAGUCUAUAUAAGUGUAAUAUGUCUUUAUAAUAUCUCCUUUCGCAUUUUAUUAUUAUAAUUCAAAAUUAUGGUAAUUGUAUUCAUUGAUAAAACAAGUCCCAAAUCU